AAAUAAUGGUGAUUUCAGAUGAACAUCAGUUUUUCUCAAUAAUCGAUCUUCCGAACGAGAUUCAGCUGCAAGUUUUCGAAUACUUGGACUUGAAAACUCGAUUGAUUGCGUCAAGGGUAUGUCGGCUUUGGAAUGCUUUGGCCUUUACUGGUCGGUUGAUGGGCGAGAUCUGCGUUCACUUGAAUUUAAAGGAACGGAAUCUGGCGCGGACUAUCGAUGUGCUGGGCAGUAGUGCUAGACGAUAUCGUCAUGUUGUGAUAAACUUCAGUAAUAGUAGUUUUUCUUCAGUGGACACGUUAGCGGAUAUCUUAAGUGUGAAUGAUGCUCUCGAAACCUUGGUACUGACCGGGAUAUCUAGGAUAGAAACCGAUCAAUUGUUUAAAUUGUUGGAGAAUGUACCAAACCUAGUCAGAAUGUUCCUGUUGGGAGACGCUGUGGACGAAUAUAGUAAAAUGAAUUUGCUGGAAUUACCAAAAUGCCACGUUACCGGAAUACCUGUCGGAGCACAUCCACGUUGGAUUGAAACAUUUCCCGUGGAUUCUUCCGUGGUUCUUCGUUCGCUUGAUAAUCUCUGUUUGUUGUCUCCGACACUCUCUAGCUCGGAUGGACUUCAAUGCAUCCCCUACAUUUGUCCUAACAUUAGGCGGUUGCAGAUUACUGGGACAGAUGCCUCCGUGGCGGCCAUGUUCGAACACUUUCACAAUAAGUUGGAAAAAAUAUCAAUAAUCUCUCCACAAAGAGAUUUCUUCCUACAAUUUUGCAACAUAAACUUCCCAAAGCUGUCCUCCCUGUACGUGGACCGAAUGGAAUUGCAUGACCAGGAAAGUGUAACCAGUGGCAUAGCGUUCUUUACCGAGCGCUGUACAAACUUGGAACGGUUAGUUCUUCAUCCAAAGUUUAUGAUACGGACACCGAUAUUUACAACAAUCUGCACCAAUUGCGUUGCUCUUCAGAAGCUGGAACUUAGCCUGGACUAUCUAGAUGGAGAUGCCCUGAAGAAUGUCACCAAUCUUCAGAACCUUAAAGCGCUCACAUUUCAGGGUACGGCUUAUUUUCGUGAAACCGCACGCUGGCCGUAUCAAAUAGGUUCCUUGGUGGCGGUGAAAAUAGCCGGCAGUCGGUUUCCACUGACGCUGCUGGAGUUUAUAGCCGACAUAGCUCCAAAUCUGAACGCGCUAGCGUUGGAGGAUGUCGAAAAUCCGGAGGAAAUGUUUCGAAUUUUGCCGUCGAUGGUUGGACACAUCCGUCACCUGGAGUUGGGUUAUUCUGCGCGGUUUGAAAGACCGCCGUCAUGUCAUCCGUCUGGACUGCUGCGCAGUCUAGACAAUCUGGAGACGUACAGUUUGAGGCGAGUUAUCAUCAAGCAUGGUAUACAGGGGUGGCUGCAAGAUGCUCCGCAUCUGAAGUGGGUUUUACUAGCGAGCUGUGCAACGUUAACCGAUACCCAUCUGGUGAUUCUGACUACCAAUUGUCCAAAGUUGAGGCAGCUGACGAUUCGGGAUUGCUGUUCGAUAACACAGAAAGGUAUUGAUGAAUUUAAAAUGAGGAUUCCGCUUUGCAGGAUAAGCGGUGAUUGGCAGUAAGAGAUUCAGUACGAGAUUGAUGG